CCAGUCUCAGUUGGACCACAACCAUGGCGAACACACUCCAUGGCGAUCUCUUCUCUUCUUUGAUUUCUGAUAUCAAAACCUACACUGGCAAAGACCCUCUUCUCCCAUGGCUCCGGGGGAUUCGGAAGAUGAUGGAGUCUCUGCCGCCGCAGCUUCUGAAAGAGAAGCUCCCUCGAUUUCUACAGAAAUGCGCGCAGACCUUUGAGACUGAUCGGCGUUACACAAAUGAUAUGCGGUACCUUCGUGUUUGGUUGCAAUUGAUGGAUUUUGUGGAUGAUCCGAGAGGACUUUUGAGAACUAUGGAAAUUAAUCACAUUGGGGAGAAGCGGGCCUUGUUUUACCAGGCAUAUGCUCUUCACUAUGAGAAGAUCAAGAAAUUUGAGGAGGCUGAUAAGAUGUACCACUUGGGUGUGCAAAAUCUUGCAGAGCCUCUUGAAGAGUUGCAGAAAUCGUAUGAGCAGUUCCUUCAUCGCUUGGAGAGACACAAGAACAGGAGAAUCCAGCGCCAGGAAGGGAGAAAAACCAAUAAACCUCCUGCUAGGGUUCUAACUCAGCAUUGUGGUGAGACUAAAGAAAUCAAUGAAAAUAUGCAGAGAGUUGAGAGACAGCAUACAGGAACAUGGCCCGAGGAAUCUUCACCUAAAACAUUACAUAAUCACAAAAGUGCAGAGACUAAUAAGGUGUCGAAGGAAAGCUCACAUGAUGCGAUGCCAAUGGAAGAAUCUAACCGCGUUAGACUAUCAGAAAAAUUGUGUGAUGGUGGAACGGAUAGCAUUCCAUCCUUGAAGAAGGAAAUCAUUACGAAUAUUGAACCUGUGGCUUAUUCCAACCAGCAAGAAUUUACUGAAACAAAGUUAGAUAGACCGAGCACAUUCUGCGAGGAUCCACUUCUGGUAAAGUUUCUAGACACUGCCGUUGUUGGAAAGUCUGAAGCAGAAGAUGCCUGCCAUCAUGGUCUUGUUGAACCUACUAUUAACAUGAAGGAAGCCAUGAAUGCCAUUAAUAACAUGUUUCGAGAACCUUUAGAGCCAGCUAUGGUUGGUAGGGCAACCAGACGCCGUCCCAGAGUUGAUAAUAGUUUGAACAACGGAUUUAAGGUGUUUGUUGAUGAAAACUUAGAUAAUGGUGUUGGAUCAUCAUAUCAAAAGAAAGAUAAGGAUUUUCUGCCAGUGCAAUGCAGUGGAACUGAUGCACUUGGGGCCAAAGCUGACAAAAGAUUGAAUGCUGGAUUUGAGGUGUUUGUCGAUGAAAAUUUAGAUAACAGGGUUGGAUUGUCAGAUCAUAAGAAGGAAGGGGGUUUUCCACUGCUACAACCUACUAAACAUGACACGAGGUCUCACCAAGAGUCGUUCAAUAUAUUUAUUGAUGAAGAAGAGGCCAAUGGGGUUGGAGACAGAAAUGAUGAGAAAGAUCACUUGGAGGAAGAAAGUGAAGUCCAAGAUGGGACAGAAGGUUCAGGUGUAAAUGUUUUCGUGUUCCCAAGUCCAAAGGAUGAUCCAUCUGAAUCUUCUGAGAAUCUGCAUGCAGAGAACUCAUCUCGACCGAAAUUUAGAGAGGACACAGUCGUUUGUAGGUUUGUGGGAUCCACCAUCUUGGAUGAACCAGAGGUGGAAAAUGUUUGUCACCAUGGAUUAGUAGAACCUACAAUUAACUUGAAGGAAGCAAUGAAUGAUAUCAAUAACAUGUUUGGGAAGCCGAUAGAAUUUGUAAGGAAAAGAAGACCAAAGAGGCAGGAUAAGGUACCUGACACAAAAAGAGAUUUUGGUGGAGGGUUCUCAAUACUUCCUGAUGAUGAUUUGGAAUCUCAAAAAGGGUUUUCAAUACUUCCUGAUAAUGAUUUGGCAUCUCAACAAGGGUUUUCAAUACUUCCUGAUAAUGAUUUGGCAUCUCAACAAGGGUUUUCAAUACUUCCUGAUGAUGAUUGGGAAUCUCAGCAACGUCGAUCCCUACCAAAAUCAUCCCACAAAUCAAGGGAAUUUGAUUUGUCUGAGCCUACUGUGUUUACAAAAGAGGCCAUGGAUGAGAUAAAUAAGAUGUUUGGAAUGCCACUGGACUUUUAGGACCAUGACCAACACUGUAUUUCUGAAAUUUUGUGCUUGUAGUUGAUGUACAACUGGUUUUCUUGAUCUGAUUGAUAUAUUAGAAACAUCAAAUUUGUUCUUGAGCCUUGGCUCAAAUGGCAAAGUUUGACUCAUGGUUUGAAAAUGAUGCUUCUAUGUUUGUACUGAUAAACAUGUAUUUGAAAUAUGAGAUUGGUCUGGUUUGAUUUCA